AAUUCAUAAUCUGACCUAUUACUGUGCUGACAUUUAAACUCAGGUUUACUCGCUUUUCUUAACGCUUUACAGUGAGCAGAUCACCAGCAUGCGGAAUGUGGACAAACUCUCAGGAACUUUCCGCAGUAGGAGCGCACACCUUGCACUUUGCAGCCGUUUUUGAGCGACUUCACUCAGUUUACUUCACCGCAACAUGCCAAAACUGCAGCAGCGGCAGAUGUCGUAGAAGUUUGUUCACGAGUUGGUGAAGCCGCUGGUGGAAAAGUCGUUCACCGGGACUCGUCACCUGACUUUUACGCACCACUCCCAGCCGGUGCAGAGCGUCUCCUCUCCGCCUCUCGGCCAGGAUGGGCUCCCUGAUGUGGACUCCUGGAGCUCUUCCUGCUUGGAUUUUGCUCUUCAACAUAAUCUCAGCGGUUGUUGCCAAAAGACACGUCGUGUAUUGGAAUUCUACCAACACGAGGUUGACAGCAGGAGAUCUGUCCGUUCAGCUGAAUCUGAACGAUUACCUGGACAUCUACUGCCCCCAUUACCCCAACAAGGGGACUGGGCAGCCAGAAACCUUGGCCCUCUACCUGGUGGCCGAGCAGGCUUUCCAAGGCUGCGUAGAAACCAGAGGGGCCAUCAAGAGGUGGGAGUGCAACACUCCGUACGCUCCGUUCGGACCAGUCCGGUUCUCAGAAAAGAUCCAAAGGUUUACACCCUUCUCGCUGGGGUUUGAGUUUCUGCCAGGGAGGCACUACUACUACAGCUGUGAGUACAAGACGUGUGUGUUUCUGUGCUACAAGUUGACAGCAGGAGAUCUGUCCGUUCAGCUGAAUCUGAACGAUUACCUGGACAUCUACUGCCCCCAUUACCCCAACAAGGGGACUGGGCAGCCAGAAACCUUGGCCCUCUACCUGGUGGCCGAGCAGGCUUUCCAAGGCUGCGUAGAAACCAGAGGGGCCAUCAAGAGGUGGGAGUGCAACACUCCGUACGCUCCGUUCGGACCAGUCCGGUUCUCAGAAAAGAUCCAAAGGUUUACACCCUUCUCGCUGGGGUUUGAGUUUCUGCCAGGGAGGCACUACUACUACAGCUCUCUACCCGCAGAUGAAGGCCCUCCUCUGCCAUGUAUGAAGUUGCGUGUCACAGUGUGCUGCGAGCCCACAUCAGAGGGCUCAAAACAAAUGCAAGAAACUGUCCCUCUGAGCAGCGUGGCCUCCCUGAGGACAGCCUCCCUGCCCUUCGUCCUCGUCCUCCUCCUGCUGCUGACCACCUGACCGCUCCGUCCUCCUCGUCGCUCCACCUGCUCUCCGCGGGACUCGGACGCGACCUCCGCUCGACGACACAAGCGAAUGACGCAGCUAAGCUAUUGCAAACGACACCUCGGUGGCUUGUUUACCUGUGAAAAUAUCCAGAAAGAACCUCCCAAAAA